AUUGUUAUCAAGGCUAGUAGUUUUACUGAAAAAAAAAAGUGAAACCAAAUCCACGAAGAAAAGUAUGGAGCUGGAACCUAGCAAAGUGGUAGACUUUCACUAUGAGUUCACAAACUACGACGACAAGCCGGCCAAGCUUAUCUAUCCGGUCGUAAUCCCGUACCGCAACAGCCCGGACGAAUUAGCUCAUCGGAUCGUAGCCGAGCGGAUGGACUCGAUUAUGAAGUUUUUGCAAGCCGAUAAAGAUCUGAAAGUGUCAUUGAGGCAGUUUAUCGAAAAGGAAAACCAAAACUUUUACGACGAAAGAGAUGAGAUACUGGUGGAAAAGUUGAGAACUGGUCAUGUGGACGUCGAUGCACUGGCCCUGGACUUGGAGAAACUGUACAAAGAUGAGAUAUUGGAAUAUGCCGACCGGGUCGGACCAUCUGAUGAGGAAAUAUUUGCCCAAAGCUACCACCAGUUAGUGCACUCAUCGUUACUGUCGGAAAUCUUGGCCAAGGAACGGGACUAUGCUAAAACCAUUACGAAUCUAACGGCGCAGAUGACCCAGCAAAUCAACACUAUGAACACGCUUCAUCAGGAGGAAAUAGAAUCGAAGAUGAAGUUGUUGGACAUUUCCGUGACUUCGGAAAACAUCAAUCACAUUCUGGCGAAGCAGUAUAGCAUGCAAAAUAUGAUUCGCAAACAGUGCGAAUCGGAACUGGAAUCAACCAGAGGGCACCAAAAGUACGAGUACCGUGAGUGGAUUACGACUCAUAUUGAUGCAAACUUUCUAGCCGAGUCAGACAGUCCAACUCAGAUCGGGAACCGUUGGUCGAUGAUUUCGACCCAAGGACCGUCGAUGGAGGAAAGCUUCACCAUCCACUUGGGUUCGCAGUUGAAGCAUAUGCAUAAUAUACGUAUUCUGAGCACUAAGAUCUCCGACUUGUGCAGUCCGUUGUAUAGCGAUACUAGCUUUGGAGGUCCGAAUGUGGCAUUGGGAUUGUACUCAAGCUCGCUGUGCGGUAUCGUGGUUCUGACACCAUCGGGAAAUGUUUCACCAGAUUCGGAAAUCCGUCGGUGUGCCAACAUGUCCACUGAGUUUCACUUCGAUCAGGUUGAUCAUCAGAUCGAAAAGAUUCAGGAAGAUCUCCAACAACUGCGGGAUAGCACCGAUGAACAAGACAUGGGCGGAGGUAGUCGUUCGGAUAGGAACUCCACCCGUUUGAAGCCGGGCGAUGUUUUCAUAACUCGUCAUUCGAAUCUGUCUCAUUCGCACGUAAUUUUUCAUCUGAUUUCGGACGAAACGUUCCAAAGUCCAAGCGAGAUAAACUCGCGGCAUCCGGUGAUUAUGGGACUACGUAAUAUUUUGAAGAUCUCCAGUCGACACGACGUAACUACACUAACCAUUCCUGCCCUGCUGAGACACGACAUGUCUGAGGAUAUGACCGUUAGUUGGUGUGUGCGGCGGGCUGAGCUGGUAUUUAAAUGCGCUAAAGGAUUCAUGAUCGAGUCGGCCAGUUGGGGUGGAGCGGAGCUCAAUACACUGCAGCUGCUGUUGCCGCACGACAUCUCCGAGGAACUGUUCCGCACUCUGGCCGAUAUGGUACCUCAUGUCUUUCGGGUGGCAAAUCCGAAGAUUUUGCAGUAAAGUUGAGGAACUAAUAAAGAGGUAAGUGCAAUCAUCAUAAAUAUAGGUAAUACGGUACCAACGAUUUAUAUACAAUCUUAUUGAGGCAUUUGUCAAAGUUUUGAUUUCUUUGCGAUGAGAAUGAGAAAUGAGAACUGAUUAUGUUAGACAUAUUCCUGCUAGUACAUAAGUCCAACAAUACUAAUC